AUGCUUCUAAACAGUGCCUUUAGGGCAGCACUACUGCUUGCCUCUUCCCUUCCUUCUGCUUUCGGCAUGGCUAUACCAUACAAUAUCGCAGGUCUCAAGUCACGGGCAUUGUCGACAUCCCCCGCCAGUGUUCAGACAUUUGAGUCUACAAACAAUGCAUAUCCCCGUGUGACAGCACUCUCUGACGGGACAUUGCUGCUUGGAUAUGCCCACAAUGAUGGCACGACCCGAGCACUAGACAUACUACAGUCCACGGACGGGGGUGCUUCUUUCAAGCCUUAUGGAUCCGUUGCAUCACGAACAGACAAUGCCGACCUGGACAACAUCUUUCUUCUAGAAGUUGGCUCGACAUCGCCGCCUACGGUGCUGGCGGCUUACAGGAACCAUGACAAGGACAGCUCUGGAGUAUACACCUACUUUCGCAUCACCGUGUCCAAGAGUACCGACGGUGGCAAGACUUGGGCUUUUGCCGGCCAAGCCACCGAGUUCACUGCCGCCAGCACGGGCGGUUGGGGCGUCUGGGAGCCCUUUAUGCGGAUAGGCAGCGAUGGCAAGGUCCAGCUGGACUUUAGCAAGGAGCUGGCUGCCAACAACCAGCAGACCUACCGCACCCUCUCUUCGAACCAGGGAUCUUCCUGGUCCUCGCCGGUCAAUCUCUUGACCCACGCCUCGAAUGUCAACCUGCGCGAUGGCAUGGUGGGCAUCGCCAAGGUGACCGAUCAGCAGGAUGGCCGCGCCGCCCUUGUCAUUGUCUUUGAGACCACGACGCGCGGGGAUGGUAUUUUCAACAUUGCCUAUGCCGUGUCCUACGACGACGGCGCCAGCUACUCGUCGGCAGGCGUUGUCUAUAUGCCAUCAGGCACCAGACAAGCCGGCGCACCACAGAUUGCCAACAAGGGCACCAAUGGCGUGGCUGUGGUUUUCAUGACUGACGAAGGUCUGAGCGAUCAAAACUGGCCUACCGUUGCUCAGAUCAAGACGGUGACGAGCGACGAGCUGAGAGGUGGCAAGCUGACUUGGUCCAGCCCACAACUUGUCAGCAGCGGAAGCACCUAUAGCCACUGGCCCGGUGUGCUGAGCUUCAGCGGGAAGAUCCUUUCUGUUUAUGACCAAGGAGGAGCCAUUGUCGCCAAGUACUUGAGUUACUAG